AUGCACCAAAUCAGAGGAUUUGCCAAAUAUAUGGAAGCAGUUAAGGGAUUAGUCGCUUUGAGCUGUAAUAAAACUUUGAGCCAAGAAUUUGUUAUACAACUGGAAAAAAGGCAGAAAGUCUAUGAAGAAACUGAAGUAAAGGCAUUGUGGGAAAAACUUAGGCAUUCAUUAAGGGAUGUGCUUAGGAGGCAACAAAAAAAUUUCAAAAGUGGAGCACCGGUGGAAGCUAUUAAAGAAUGGAAGUUUCAGAAACAGAUGGGAUUCCUGCAGACUUACAUGGCCAAGAAGAAAACCUUCGAGAAGACGAUAGAAAUGAAAACGUUGCCCAAGAUUCUGAAGAAUAUGUAA